UGUUGCAUUCAAAAUUCUAGUUAACGAUCAAACAGUUAUCUUUGUGGUUGUUGUUAAUAUAAAUAAUAUUAAUUCUAUAAGACCAUUCUCGGGACGUAUUCCAAUGAAUUCUACAAAACUAAGAAUGAAACUUUAAGGAAGAAAUACAACGCGAAUCUGAAAGAGGCGCUGAAUUUUCUAAUAAAGUCAAUCUCUCAACUCUCCAAGGAAUAUGCUUUCUGUUCUGGAGAUAUACGAAAGCCUGCCAUCAUGGCCGUUUCUGAUGCUGUUUAUACUUUAUAUCUGCGUGGCUGUUACUGGAAACGUCGCUGUCAUCAUUGUUGUUGCAUCCCGGAAAUAUAUGAGGACUCCCGCAAAUUUAUAUAUAUCUUCCUUGUCGUUUGCCGAUCUAAUAAUUGCUCUUGUAGUCAUUGGCAACACUGCGAAAAGCUUCAGUAAAAUAUAUUUAGAAUAUAGUAUAUACCGUUGUGUAUUAGUUCCAUAUUUCGAAGUGGUGGCCAUAUCAGCAAGUGUGUUGUCGUUAAUGGCCAUUACUGUUGAUCGGUACCAAGCUGUUUUGCAAAAAAGAGUCAGUAAAACCCCCUUGAAAUUCGCCGCCAAAAUCGUUGGAUUAGUCUGGCUGUCGGCCGUUAUCUAUGGUCUUCGAGUCAUCCCCCAGUUCUACAGCAAGCUGAAAAUUUCCGAUGAUACAGAACAUCAGAACAGAUCCAGCACAAAUCCCCCAUCGAAAGAGAACAACCUCAGGGAUGAAUCGUCUGACCACAAUGGCAACACUUCAGGUAUUCACCGAUGGUCAUGUGACUUCUUCAUGGAAGAAGACGAAACGGAUAUGGUAUUCCGGUUUUUCGAUUUUCUCAUUCUCUUCGUUGUGCCUUUCAUAGCAAUGAUCGUGAUGUAUGGACGCAUUAUAUCAACCCUAUGGCGAAAGAAAAUACCGGUUGGUACCGGUCUUCGAAGAAAGCGAAGAGUCGCUAAGAUGCUUCUGAUAAGUGUUCUUGUCUUCAUGAUAUGCUGGGUACCAUUUUAUGUCCAGGAAUUUGUUGGUGACGGUAUGAUUAUGACUGGAAAACAUGUCGACAGAAACGUAUUGGCAGCAUUCCGAAUAAUAUUCAUUCUGGUUUCAUUUGCCAACUGCUGUUUAAAUCCGGUUAUUUACGCCUAUUAUAACAACAAUUUUCGAUACGAGCUGAAAUAUAUGAUUAGACAGAAGAAUAAAGAUCAAAGACAUAAACAUACAUUCCAAGUGACACCGACAAGCAGUAGAAACGGUAUAUGAAAGGCAACGGCAGACUUGAAAUAAACUUCAACAUCACACAAACACACACACACACGCAUGCACGCACGCACACACACACUCACACACAUAAAUAACAAAGGGUGUAUACACAACAUUUGUUUAGCCAAAUAGAUGUAUUGAUUCCUUAUAAAUGUGUGUUUUAUUUGUAUACGGUGUUUAUUAUGUGAGAUAGUGUGACUCUGUUUCUAUAUAUACAUACCUAUAUAGAUGCAUACACACACGCACACGCACACACAAACACACACAUACACACAUAUAUAUAUAUAUCUGUAUAUACACACAGUGAGUGAAAGAGUAGGAUAGAGAGCAGGAGGCGUGUGCCUGCAC